AUGUCGCGGCACAAACGCAUUGUGCCAGGACAACAGGAGGUGCCAGCUCAGGCGCCUCGGCCCAUUCCAGAACAGAAUCACCGCUUAAGAAUGCUUCUGUGGAUUCUCACAGCCACGACCAUCGCCCUUAUUGCACAACAAUUGAUGAGAUGGAAAAUAAUGGGAUCCAACAAAGUAACGGAUUUGCUGUAUGCCCGUGAAGCCCCACCAUCGGCAGGCAAAGCCGGGGUUGACAUGAACAGCGUUGCCGGGCAUGCGAGUGUCGGCGCUCCUGCCAUCGACCUCGUCAAGACAGAGACCGAUGAUACGGGACCAGUACAGACUGGAGGAUCGCAGGAGGAGCAAUACUUGCCCGUCCAGCUCGAUGAUGAUGGUGAAUUGGAUAUGGGCACGAUGGAGCGCAUGCUAGAUAUUCUGUACAAACGGCCUGAUGAGAUGGAAGGCUAUGAAGCCAUGGAGGCUGAGCCUGGCUCGUAUCGGUUCCGCAAAGAAACACGCGAAAACAAUAAAGCGUGA